AUGAGGCCAGGGAAGCCUCAUCCCUCAGCCCUGCAUGAUUCCAAAGUUAAUCUGGACGAAAGCAAGCAGUGUAGCAGAGAGCUCUGUGCACUGACCUGCUUUAUUUUUUCCUCCCAACUUCACGUUUCCAUGCACCAAAAUGUUGAUGGUAUAAAUACUGUAUACCAAGCUUACCUGACAGGCUUCUUCCAUCCCACCUGGGCGCGGGGGCUGGGAGCGUACGCGCGAGCCGCAGCUGAAGCCCGCCUGGGGCGCCCGGAGCGGGCUCGGCCGGCCGCUUCCCCUGCUGGCCCGGGAGCCGAAGCCGCUCUCCCGCCAGGGCUCCCGCAGUCCGCCCGCCGCGCGCACGCGCGCUCCCCUCCGGCUGCCUCGGCGCCUCCGGCUGUCGGCGGAGAUACCAGUGCACAGCUCCUGGGGGCGGGGCGAGAGCGCCGCGCCCACGCCCACGCCCACGUGACCGGCGCCAACAUGGCGGCGCCCAGUGGCGUUCACCUGCUCCUUCGGGGAGGAUGUCAUAGAAUUUUCUCUUCACCACUCAAUCACAUCUACUCAUACAAGCAGUCAGGCAGUCCACAAAGAAGAAAUUUCUUCUUCCGGAGACAAAGAGAUAUUUCACACAGUAUAGUUCUGCCGGCUGCAGUUGCUCCAGCUCAUCCAGUCCCUAAGCACAUAAAGAAGCCAGACUAUGUGACGACAGGCAUUGUACCCGACUGGGGAGACAGCAUAGAAGUUAAGAAUGAAGAUCAGAUUCAAGGGCUUCGUCAGGCUUGUCAGCUGGCACGACACGUCCUCCUCCUGGCUGGGAAGAGUUUAAAGGUUGACAUGACAACUGAAGAGAUAGAUGUUCUUGUUCAUCAGGAAAUCAUCAGUCACAAUGCCUACCCCUCACCUCUAGGCUAUGGAGGUUUUCCAAAAUCUGUUUAUGGGGAUACCUCCGAGACAUUUCUGGUGGGCAAUGUGGAUGAAUGUGGUAAAAAGUUAGUGGAGGUUGCCAGGAGGUGUAGAGAUGAAGCAAUUGCAGCUUGCAGAGCAGGGGCUCCCUUCUCUAUAAUUGGAAACACAAUCAGCCAUAUUGCUCAUCAGAAUGGUUUGCAAGUCUGUCCACAUUUCGUUGGACAUGGAAUAGGAUCUUACUUUCAUGGACAUCCAGAAAUUUGGCAUCAUGCAAAUGACAGCAAACUGCUCAUGGAGGAGGGGAUGGCGUUCACCAUAGAGCCAAUCAUCACAGAGGGAUCCCCUGAAUUUAAAGUCCUGGAGGAUGCCUGGACUGCGGUCUCCCUGGACGAUCAAAGGUCCGCGCAGUUCGAGCAUACGGUCCUCAUCACGUCGGAGGGGUCGCAGAUCCUCACCAAACUGCCCCAUGAGGCCUGA